GAAGGCCACCUUAUUCCCACCUCUCAAUCAUUCACAGUCGCAUCAGUGAUUUAUUUCUCUCCACACAACCUCACAAAUUCUCGCUUUUCUAAGUCUUAUGAUCUCCAUUCUCCCCACAGUUCUCUCCUCAUCAUAAGUACCUCCCACGCUUUAGAAACACAGCAACCUCCGAGAAAAGGGCACAGACGAAAAACAAGAGAGGAACAUCGGAGCCCUGGCAGUAGUCAUGUCCAUCACUCCAUAUCCAGAUGCCGACAGGACGAUCAGCCGGAAAUCGCUCCACCGGAGGAAUGACUCCGGCGAGCUCGAUGUGUUCGAGGCUGCCCGGUACUUCUCCGGCUACAACGACGUCGUUUCCGGCUACGACGCCCCGACCUCGGUGCAAAAGGCGGCAAUGGUGAGAGAUCAAGAAAGGCAAGCCAAUUCUAGAGGGGGAAGAAUGAGCUUAGACGUGCCAAUGAAACAUCACCACCAUCAUCAUCAACAUCAGCAAGUUGUCGCUCAUCAGCAAUUUCAUCUCAUCCCAAGUGAGAACAAGCAAACGAAAGAGAAGAACAAGAUCUCCAAACCGCGGCAACCGAGCUCGCCUGGGGGGCGGCUCGCCAGCUUCUUGAACUCCCUCUUCAGCCAGUCCUCUUUGAAGAAGAAGAAAUCAUCAUCGAAGCCUUCCUCAUCGCAGUCGAUGAAGGAUGAGGACGAGAGCCCUGGGUGGAGGCGGCGAAGGCGGAGCAGCAUCAGCCAUUUCAGGAGCUCGAGCGCUGUGGCGGAUUCAAAGUCGGUGUAUGCCUCUUUGAGCUCUGGGUCCAAAACUCCUCCAGCAUACAUACUAAACACUCCCACCAAGUCUUAUAAGGAAUUUAGAAGCUACUCUGAUCACAAGCAAGUGGUGGUUUCGAAGAAUAACCGCGACAACGAGCACGUGAAAGGGCCAAACUUGGGAAACGAAGCUGUCUCAGGAAACAAGAGAAGCAACGACCUGAGUUGGUUGGACGAGAAGUUCAAGCUGAUAGAACCGAGCUCGGAGAAGAAGAAGAAGAGUUUCGGCAACAAUGGAUUCGAGAAACAUGCAUCGGAGAGCACAGACGUGAAGAGAUUCAAUGAGGAAGAAGAAGACGAUGGCGCAGAGAGCGACUCAAGCUCCGAUCUGUUUGAGUUGCAGAAUUACGACCUCGGUGGUUACUGCUCGAGCGGGUUGCCGGUAUACGAGACCACUUGUAUUGAGAGCAUCAAGAGAGGAUCAGCAACAUCAACAGCAGUUUCUGGUGCUGCAUUUUGAGCUGUAAUUAGUACCUUUCAAUUGCGGCUAAUCAAUCUUGAUUUUUUAUACUCUUUUGUCAGUAUCGCGUCCUAGACUUUUUGCUUUGGUUUGUUUUUCCUGCUGAUGAUCAGCAUCUUUGGAAGUCCCCUUUAGUUCUUUCUCUUUGAUGUACAGAUCAGAAUUGUUUGUCUUGUUUUGCUUGUCUUUUUACCUAAA